GCCAGAAGUUCGAUUUGCUUGCCGCUGAACUACCGGGUAAGUGUAGACCUACCCUAAAUGACUUAGGUCCACUGUAGCAACUCGCUGUACAGCCACUCCUUCCACGACAAAGCCCAGCUCCCAGGCCUGCUCCCUGCUUGCCCAGCUGGAGAAUUCCACUGCACACGUACCCAUUCCAGAGCACUGCCCUUGGUGUGACAUGGGAGUGUGAGCGUUCAAUCUAAAUACUACAGCAAAGGCAUGGAUCGCACGCCCUGUGAGCAUGCAGCAGUGUCGAACCUGCCUUCCCGUGCUAUGAAGAUGGAGAAAAGCCUCCUUGAUUUGAAAGGCCAGUCGUUGCUGUAAUGGAAACUAAUCAUGUUUGAGGGUUAACCCUGGGAACCAGGCAGUGCAUAGGAGCAUCUGAACUCAGACUGAGUGUAAUCACUUUUCUAGGGGCUCUACGCUGGUUGGGACUAGGAGAGGUGUCUCAGGAGGUAAAAAUGAAUCUAAUGUGCAUGGUGGGCGAUUUCUUGUGUCCAGACUGAACUCUGUGACUUAUAAACCCAAGGACUGAAGUAGCAGCAGCAAGGCCAGAUUGUGGCUUUCUGUGGCGCUCCCAAUUCAGACUGCCAGCCCCAGGUCUUGCCUUGACCUCAGUCGUCCCAUGAAACCAGAGGGAGUUGUUAAAAACCAGUUCUGUGAAAAGCUGGCUAGCUGGAGCAGUCUGAGGUAUGCUCCGUCGGGCUUGUUUACUCAGGCAUGUAACCCAGACCUGCCCAAGUGCAGGUAAGUAUUUCUGAGGCAGGAAAUGCCCGAGACCUUCGGCUCUUCUGGAAUGUGGUUGUGAGAACCAGCCCUGUUUGUUUUUGUAUUCAGCCCUGCUGCUGACAGACUCUGCUCUCCCUGGCUGUGCUGGGGGUACGACCUGCUGCCCUUUCCCACUAGCUAAUUAGGGUCCUGGAGAAUUCUGCCAUGAGGAGCAGUCCUGACUGGCUCCAAAUACUCAGCUUGGGAAUGGAGGGCAGGUGAGGCUCUUCUCAGGAGGUAAUGUCACUUCUCGCCUCGGGAGCUGAUUUCUCGUUGACUUUGUUUAUGCAGGAGGUUCAUGAUCUGCUGAGCGACUAUGAACUGAAGUACUGCUUUGUGGACAAAUACAAAGGGACUGCGUUUGUCACCUUGCUGAAUGGGGAACAGGCCGAGUCGGCCAUCCAGAAAUUCCACCUGAGCAAGCUGCGGGACAAGGAGAUCUCUGUGCAGCUGCAGCCCACCGAUGCCCUCCUGUGCAUUGCCAACCUCCCCCAGCUCUACACGCAACAGCAGUUUGAGGAGCUGGUUCGGCCUUUUGGAAACCUGGAGCGCUGCUUCUUGGUGUACAGUGAGAAGACGGGCCACUCCAAAGGCUACGGUUUUGUCGAGUACAUGAAAAAGGACUCAGCAGCCAGAGCAAAAUCCGAGCUGCUGGGCAAGCAGCUGGGGACGCGGACUCUGUAUGUUCACUGGACCGAUGUCAACCAGCUGACCGUAGACCUGGUUCAUUCCAAGUGCUUGUGUGUGGGCAAAUUACCCCAUAACUACAGUGACCUGGAGGAGCUGAGGCAGGUCUUCUCAGCCGUUUCUGCCCCGACCUUCUGCCAGCUGGCGUACGGUCAGGAUGGCCAGCUGAAAGGCUUUGCAGUCCUGGAGUACGAAUCAGCAGAGACAGCAGAAAUGGUCCAGCAGGCCACAGAUGGCCUGUCCCUCGCUGGGAACCACAUCCGCGUCUCCUUCUGUGCCCCAGGCCCCCCUGGGCGCAGCAUGCUGGCCGCCCUGAUAGCAGCACAGGCCACGGCGCUUAAUCGUGGGAAAGGGCUCCUUCCAGAGCCAAAUAUCCUUCAGAUUCUUAACAGCCUGGGGAACCCCGCUUCGAUCCAGCUCUUACUCAACCCCCUACUUCACGGAGCCGUUGGUGGAAAACAGGGAAUCCUGGGGGCCCCCCCGUCCAUGCCACUCAUGACCAACCCAGCCCUCUCCGCAGCUCUUCUUCAGCUAGCUCUGCAGAACCAAACGCAAGCACAGCAGAAGGCAUUGCUUGGGAGCUCCCUGUUACUGCAGAACCAGGUCUGGGCACAGCUGCUGCAGAACAAGGAGAACCAGGCCGUACUCCACAAACCCGGGAUCUUGGGGGACUCUCCUCUCAGUUCUCUACAGCACGGCACCUUGGGGUUGGCGACCGCCCCGGCUCAGCCCGGAAGCUCACUGCUGGGAGAACUCGCCUCAGGGGGGCCUCUGCCUGCUGACAUGACACAGGGGCACGUGAAGUCACCGAUCCUGCCUUCGGGGGGCAUGCCCCUGGCAUCCUUCCUGGGACCAGUGGGGACAGAUAGAGAGAACUCGGCAAUGGGGCCGCAGGUGUCCCAGCUGACCCCAUCUCCUGGGACCCCAUCAACCCUACCGGGCCUCACCACCUCCAUCCUGGGAUCGGUGAUCAGUGGACUUCAGAAACCAAAGCAGAUGGAGAACGGGGUCUCGCUGCUGGGAGAGCCGCCCAAAGACUUCAAGAUUCCUCUCAACCCUUAUUUAAACCUGCACAGCCUUCUUCCUGCAAAUAGCCUGGGAGGUGGUGCCAAUAAAGCAUUUAAUCUGAAGGCGGGAGUGCUGGGUAAUGUUUCCAAUCCCAGAAUCCCACAGCCCGCCAUGGCCGACCCAUCGCUGCCCUCUCCCGGGCUGGCAGGAGACAACUAUGCUUUUGACUAUCAGCCGGACUUGGGAUCCCGAAUGUACGCCCAGUCGAGGGACCACGCUGGGCCCAUCCUGGGCGGAUUUGGACACAGCAGGCACAAGAUGUCUUCAUCUCCUGGAUUUGAGCGGAGCAGCUUGGGGCCACCCCUGCCGCCCUUCUACUCAGGAUCCCCAACCUCCUACUUCACCAGUGGCCUUCAAGCUGGGCUUAAACAAAGCCACCUGAACAAAGCAGUAGGGAUGCCACCUGUGGGCACCGGGGACAGUAUCCUGGGCUUGGGACCAAACAGCCAUUCCCACGGCUCCCACUCCAAGACUCCGAUCGGGGGCCAGAAACGGGCCUUCUCCCACCUGCUGCCAUCCCCAGAGCCCAGCCCGGAGGGCGGCUACGUCGGACAGCAUUCUCAGGGCCUGGGAGGGCACUAUGCAGACUCCUACCUGAAGCGGAAGAGGAUAUUUUAACCCCCUCCCUGCUGAAGCACUAUCAUCCCCUCCGCGUGUAAAUCUUGUACAAACUUUUUUUUAACGUUAGUCUUGAUUUUGAAGUUUUUACGUGUGUGAGAAAGACUUGGCUUCUCUGAGCGGGGUGGGAAGCCCCACAGGCUUCCUGCCGGAGGAUGGGCCCUUCCAAUUACUCCCCCCCGUUCCAGAACCAGCACCUGUCUGCGUCGCAGGCAGCCGGAGCAGAGGCAAGCACUCCGAAAACGUACCGUGCGGGGGGAGGACAAAGCUUACCCCCGUGGCCCCUGUCGCUGCUGCUCUCGGUGCCUCUCUGUGGGGCGGAACCUGCUGGAGUCGUGCUGUAUUCUGAUUGCAGUAACUGGGAACCUACAAACAAUCCUGAGAGGACAGUAAGUCCGAGGGAGAUGCAUGUUCCCUGCCUUAAACUGCUGCUUCAGAGAGAGGAAUGUAACUGACUCCAGCAGGUGCCCUCUGCUCACCGUAACGUGAGCCUGGAUGUUCUGGUAGCGCAGAGGUGGCGAUCUAGGGGGUAGCGAUUCGGAUGCUCGUACAGCGUUCUUGUUACGCCGUGGGACUCCAGAUCUGCCUGGUUCCUGGCCCCACCCUGCUCAAAGCCUUCAGAGCUGCAUCUGGGAUGCAGCGCUCCCUAGAGGCUCACGCUGAGCUCCAGGUCUCGGGCCCCGCCUGCCUCUCCAAAUUCCUGUUCUGUUUUGUUUUUUUAAACCUUCAGAUGCUGACGUUUUACACUUUUGUUUGGUGAUGAGAUUUGUAAGUUGCCUUUUUAAUUCAUGCUUUGGUUUUUAUUUCCUUUUUUAACUAGCUAGGAGCAGGAAUCUUGGUCCAUUGUAAGGUCGCUGAGCCUGGUCAUUCCU